UCCAGAUUGGAAAGCGCAGGAACAUCAGAGCUCUUUGUUCCAAAUUGUAGCGAAGCUAAUUAAGCAUGUGCAGCGGGGCUGACACGACGAUGCCGUGCCCGCCGCCGUCGCAGGGGCGGCUGAUCACCGUGCUGAGCAUCGACGGCGGCGGCAUCCGCGGUCUCAUCCCCUCCACCAUCCUCGCCUGUCUCGAGUCCAAGCUCCAGGAGCUGGACGGGCCGGACGCGCGCAUCGCGGACUACUUCGACGUGAUCGCCGGGACGAGCACGGGCGCGCUGGUCACGUCGAUGCUGGCCGCGCCCGGCGAGAACAAGCGGCCUCUCUUCGCCGCCAAGGACAUCAACCAGUUCUACCUCGAGAACGGGCCCAAGAUCUUCCCGCAGAGGAGAUGGGGGUUCCUGACCCCGGUGGCGAACCUGUUUGGAGCGGUGAUGGGUCCCAAGUACGACGGUAAGUUCCUGCACGACAAGAUCAAGAACCUCACCAAUGACGUGACCGUCGCCGACACCGUCACCAACAUCAUCGUGCCGACGUUCGACAUCAAGUACCUGCAACCGGUCUUCUUCAACACGUACGAGGCCAAGGUGGACCCGCAAAAGAACGCGCACCUCUCCGACAUCUGCAUCAGCACGUCGGCGGCGCCCACCUACUUCCCGGCGCACCACUUCACCAUCCCCGACCCCCUGGGCAAGAUGCCAGACCGUGAGUACCACCUCAUCGACGGUGGUGUGGCUGCCAACAACCCCACCAUGGUCGCCAUGUCCAUGAUCACCCAGGAAGUGAUGCGCCGGAACCCGGACUUCACGCUCGGCAAGCCCGCCGAGUACGGAAACUACCUCAUCAUCUCUAUCGGCACCGGGACGGCCAAGCAGGCCGAGAAGUACAGCGCGCUCGACUGCGCCAAGUGGGGCGUCCUCCGCUGGCUCAAAGACGGCCGCUUCACCCCGCUUCUCGACAUAUUCUCCCAUGCAAGCGCCGACAUGGUUGACAUCCACGCCACCGUGCUAUUCCAGUCACUCGGCAUCGAGAAGAACUACCUACGCAUCCAGGACGACUCACUCACGGGCCACACGUCCUCGGUGGAUAUCUCCACCAAGGAGAACAUGGAUGCGCUCAUUGGGAUCGGCAACAAGCUGCUCAAGACGAGUGUGGCCCGGGUGAACAUUGACACAGGGAUGUACGAACCAGUUGACGACGAGGGAACCAAUGAAGAAGCGCUCGCUCGCUUCGCCAAGAAGCUCUCCGACGAGCGUAAGCUGCGGCAGACCAACCUCAACUCCCAGUAGGGAAGAGAAAGAUUUGAGAGAGAACAAAGACAAUACAGUGUAAUGCAAUGUAAUGUAAUGUGGGCAAGUCAUUAUAUCUUGAAAUGAAAGGUUUAUCAUUUCUGUGUCA